AUGUAAUUUCCAAAAUUUGGUUCCUACCUACCAAAUGUGGAUGACUGGAAUUUGGAUCUGGCUAUUUUUAGUGUCCAAACUAUUUCCUUCAUUUUCAGGCAACUUCCCCAGUAUCCCAGCAACAGCAACAGCAACAGCAACAACAACUGGCUAAAAUCUCAGCAACACCAAACCAGACUUUUUGUUGCAUAAUUUCGUUGAUUCUCCAAAAAUUGUUUAUUUUUCUGUAAAAAAAUCCAAAAAAAUGCAGGGCGGUCAGAUGGUUGUUGAAGAGCCUAUUCGUCUUUCCUCUGUUCUUACUCCCACUAAAUCGGGUUUUUCUCCAUCAUUGACAAAAAUUAUGGCAACUCUUGGACCAAAAUCUCGCUCUGUUGAGACUAUUGAGGCUUGUCUAAAAGCAGGAAUGUCAGUUGCACGAUUUGACUUCUCUUGCUUGGACACUGAUUACCAUCAAGAGACCAUUGACAAUCUGAGGAUUGCUGCUAAAAACACAAAAAAGCUGUGUGCUGUUAUGUUAGAUACCGUUGGUCCUGAAAUCCUAAUUUCUAAUAAAUCUGGACACCCUAUUGAGCUGAAAGCUGAUAGUCUCGUGACAAUCACUCCGGAUAUCACCAAAGAACCAUCCUCAGACAUUUUGCCAAUCAACUAUGCUGGAUUUGCUAAGGAAGUAAAGAAAGGUGAUACUGUUUUUCUUGGGCAAUAUCUCUUCACAGGAAGUGAAACAUCAUCCGCAUGGCUUGAGGUAUCAGAGACAAAAGGUGCAGAUAUCAUCUGUCAAGUAAAAAAUAGCGCGACAUUGACAGGAUUUAACUUUAACUUGCACAUUUCGGGGGUCCAGGCCGACGCGCCUACUCUUACUGAAAUUGAUAAAAAGAUUAUUUCCACUUGGGGCUUACACAACAAGAUCGAUAUUAUUUCCUUGCACUAUACGCGCCAUGCUGAUGAUGUCCGAGAGGUCAGAGCAUUCCUUGCAGCUCAAAAUCUUCAAGAAACCCAAAUAUUUGCUAAAGUUGAAACAGUAGAGGGAUUGAAGCAUUUUGAUGAGAUCCUGAAAGAAUCUGAUGGUGUGAUCCUUGCUCGGGGAAACCUAGGAGUUGACCUUCCUCCAGAGAAGGUCUUCUUGUUUCAAAAAUCUGCUGCACAUAAGUGUAACAUGGCCGGGAAACCUCUCAUUAUCACCAGAGUAGUGGAUAGUAUGGUUGGUAAUCUAAGGCCUACUCGAGCAGAAGCAACAGAUGUUGCCAAUGCUGUUCUAGAUGGUGCUGAUGGCAUAUUGUUGGGUGGAGAGACUUUUGGCGGUCUGUAUCCAGUUGAAGCUAUUAACACUGUUAGGAGAAUUUGUGUUGAAGCUGAAUAUGUAUACAAUCAAGCGUUAAAUUUCAAGCGUAUUGUCAACUUUGCUGGAGAACCUAUGUCUCAUUCUGAAGCCGUUGCCUCUUCAGCGGUACGGGUUGCUCUCAAAGUACAUGCAGCUAUGAUUGCUGUGUUCACAUCAUCUGGGGCAGCAGCAAGGUUGAUUGCUAAGUAUAGGCCAUCCACGCCUGUCUUUGCGAUUGUCACUCCGUUUGUGAGGUCAAGUUCUGUAAAAUGGACAGUUACUGGUUCAAUGCAGGCUCGGCAGUUGCUUGCUGUACGUGGAGUUUUCCCUCUCCUAGCGAGCGCUGAUGCUGCCAACAUAGGGGUUGUGAAUGAAGAGUCGGUGCUGAAGCUUGUUUUGCAUCACGGAAAAACCAUGGGACUGCUGAGACCUAAGGACAAGGUGGUUGUCUUUCAGAAGAUUGGAGAUUCAUCAGUUGUUAAGAUUGUCGAGUUUGACGACUAACAACAACCCUUUGCCGUGCCGUGUUGUUCUUAGUUUGUAAUUUUCACCGCAUGUAUUUUUUCAUUCCGUAGUUUCCAAGUUCAAACAAAGGUCGAUAGCUUUGCUUUGGCAUUUGAGCACAGGAAUAAUCAAGCUUAGGUUGUUUUUAGGCAGAGAAUGUUAAUGUUUGUUGAAGUUAAGCUACCCGCAGUUUCAUUGUUUAGCUUAAACACAUUCUUGCAAUUGGUAUAUCAUAUCAUUCUUGUG